UUCCACUGACUUUUUUAAAGUCAAGAAUAAAAUCAAUACCAAGUUAAAAGAAAGAAUAAAAAUGAGAAACUAUGGGACUCAUCAAGGCCGAAUUGUGGGGGGUCAAGAAGCAACACCCCACUCCUACCCAUUUGCAGUCUCCAUCCAGUACCAGGGUGAGCACAUCUGCGGGGGGUCCCUCAUCCGGCCCCAGUGGGUGCUCACAGCUGCCCACUGUGAGGUUUCCAAGGAACCAGCUGCCUUCCGGGUAGUCCUAGGUGCCCACUCCCUGAUUACUCCAGAGUCAACCCAGCAGAUAUUUGGGAUCCUUCGAGCUGUCCCUUAUCCACUCUAUGAUGCCCAGGCUGACACCAAUGACCUACAGCUGCUCAAGCUCAAUGGCAGUGCAUUGAUGACACGCUCAGUGAGGCCAAUCAGCCUUCCUGGAUGGAAUACAUCUGUUCGCCCAGGGACUCAGUGCUCGGUAUGCGGCUGGGGGGACAUCCCGGGCCGGGAUGAUCCCACGACUGUUCUCAUGAAGACGUCUGUAGUGGUGCAGGACCGGCAGGCCUGCAACAGCUCCUGGAAGGGAAACAUCAACCAGGACAUGAUUUGCACCUCUGGCCCUAACAAAAGCCAGUUACAGGGUGUCUGUGGGGGGGACUCCGGGGGACCACUCAUCUGCCAAGGGAGGCUUCGAGGUGUGGUGUCCUUCUCCUCCAGAAUCUGUGGGGAUCCACGCUACCCUGAUGUCUAUGCCCGUGUCUCCACCUUUGUGGGCUGGAUCUAUGACGUGUUGCAAUUGGCUGGGGCGGGGCACCUCAACCACAGGAUGGGGCCGGGCUGGAGCUCCAGACUGCUGGCACUGAGCCUACUGUUUCUCAUAGACCCCCUAGGUAUCCUAACCUCCCUCCUUGGCUGGGGGCUCCUUGGCUGUAAGGGCAGUCGCAUUAUUGGGGGCCGGGAGGUGAAGCCACACUCCAGGCCCUACAUGGCUUCCGUGCGCUUUCUGGGUGAACACCAUUGCGGAGGGGUGCUCUUCAUGGCCCAGUGGGUGUUGACAGCGGCCCACUGCUUCUUCAACAAAGACAGCAGCCAUGCCCUGGUAGUGCUGGGUGCCCACUCCCCCAGUGACCCCGAGCCUACACAACAAGUGUUCAGAAUACAGCGCUCAAUUUUGCACCCAUGCUAUGACCCCGUGACCCAUGAGAAUGACAUUUGCCUGCUGAAGCUAAAUCGCAAGGCUGUGCUUAGCUCCUCAGUGGGACUGCUGAAGCUGCCCAGCAAGGGUGUCGACCCCGAGCAGGGCACAAAGUGCCUGGUAUCGGGCUGGGGCUCUCUGUCUGACUUCGGGGAGUCGCCACAGGGCCUGAUGGAGACAGACGUGAGUGUACUGGGUCGAGAGAGCUGUAACAAAUCCUGGAAAGGCCAGGUCAGCAGCAAGAUGCUUUGUGCCAACAGUGGGAGCUGGAAACACAAUGGCUUCUGCACGGCUGACUCUGGAGGGCCCCUGAUCUGUGGAAAAGAAGCCCAAGGCAUUGUCUCCUUCUCCGGCACCUGGUGUGGAGACCCCAAGACCCCAGAUGUCUACACACUCGUCUCUGCCUACAUCACUUGGAUCCAGCGUAUGGUCCAGAAAUCCAAACAGGCUCCACUGUUACCCUGUUGACUCCUCCCCACCCUAGCCUCAGAUAUGGCUCCUGGCCUGAAGCAAACAAGAUACUAAAGAUAAGUGUAUGUAAAUUAUAUGUUAAUUGCAUACAGAUUAUAUGCAGGACACUCCCUCCAUGCCAAUAAAAUCAUGCAGGGAGCUAACGGCCUGGCAUCUGACUUUCCCAAUUCUCUCCUCCUUUGAAGAGUAUCCCAAGCUCUCUGUUAUCCAGGACCUUUCCACCCUCCCCCAUCUUCCCACCCCAACUCUUAUGGCUUUGACACCUGGAAACACCUGGAUCCUGGGGCUAACGGUGGUGGUAACUACUACUUCCCAGCUCUAGCUACCCACAUGUCUGUCUUCCCUACUUUCUUCUCUCUCCCUACUUCUGUUUUUUUCCCACCUACUGCUUUUUUUCUUC